ACUGCAGGGACGCUUCCAGCCCCGGAACAUUCUGGAAGCUGCUUUUUUUUUUUUAAUUAUUAUUGUUGUUGUUUUGAGCAAUUAUUUAUAUAGUGUUCUAUUUUUUUACUCUAAAAGAAUGUGAUAUUUUGCAAAGAUGCUUGUAGUCGGAGGGAUCGUUGAAUGCCCUUGGAUCCUGAACCCGUGAUGCACCUGCUUCUCCCGCAGGGAAACAAAGAAUUCUCCCUUACAUGAUGGUGGCUCAGGUGCCCCCCUGCCAGGAGCCAGCAGGGCUGGGACGUGGAUCUCUGGCGCGUCUGCUGUUGCCGUGGGAACAUUGCCUUCCCCCUGUUUCUCCGCCAGCUGCAGCUCAGCCCCGCAUGGGGGCCGUCUGAGGGUCUUGAAUAGUUGUCUCCCCUGCAAAGUCCCAUUUGCCACCUAAUGUAGCAUGUUCGCAGACUCCAGGAAUCGGGGUGUGGACAUCUUUGGGGACAUUGUUCCAUCCACCACGUGGGGAUCGGGACGUGGACACCGUUGGGGAGAUUAUUCAGUCCACCACUCAGGAACUGGAUUGCGUCUACCACACGGGGAUCAGGAUGUAGACGUCUCUGGGGACAUUAUUCCGUGCACCACAUGCAGGUGUGUUUGGGGGCAUUGCUCCAUCCACCAUACGUGGAUCGGGACUUGGACACUUUCGUCUGCAGUCAUGGGCAGGGAUCGGAGGGGUCUUCUCGCGAUGAUCCUGAAACCAACUCUGCACCUUGACCUUUGAGACACGGCCACCCCCAUGAAGGUCGUCCGAUGGCCUGACAGCAGCCCUGACCUCUCCUGGGUGUUCAGCGUGGGCUCCCCGGGUGCGUACUAGGUGGUUCCAGCUUGCCCCUGCCUCAUGGGUUCCGACAAGCACUUCCAGUGAGUCUUGUCCAUCUGUCCGUCUGUAAGAUCAUGCACAUGAUGCAGGAAACCUGUUUCCCUUCCUUCAUGUCUAUGAAACACCAUCACGCCUUCACACGUGGGGGCGUCGCUUCAGGCCAAGAAUUGUCCGUGGAAAGUAAAUGCUGCCCAGAGUCCUGAGGGACCAACCUGGCCUACAGGAUGACAGAUGCCAGCCCAACGGAGGCCGACAGCAGAAGACAGGACCUCCACGUGGCAAGAGUAUGGCUGGCCGCCCAAGGGGCCCAUGCAGGAGUGUGAGGGGUAGAAGCACGGACGGCACCAUCAAGGCACUUUGAAAUUUUGUCCUGGAGUGACCCAGAUGGGACCAGAAGAUUCUAUGCACAGAAAACAAAAAACCAGGUUUCUGUGAACAAAACUAUCUGCCGGCAAACAAUGGAUUCGGGAGAAUCUAAAUCACAUUGGGAAGUAGAGACAUUGUAUUUAGCCUUUCUGCUUUCUGUUCCUGUUUUCCUUCCCCGUUCUGCCUCCCAUGACACCCUCCCCUCUAACCCCUAACUGCUAUAAAAGAGUGACUGCCUGCAUUUAUGAGAGGUUGUGAUAUCAGUCAUUAUCACCUUAGUAUGAAUUGGCAGCCACCUUCCCAGGCUCCUUGCAUUUCAUUGUCAGGUGUAAGGGGUUGAUGGUUUUGUGAGGUUUAAAGGAGUCUAAACUCAGGGGGAGGGGGGUGGUGGAGAGACUUCUUUUGUUCAGGAGACAUUUUCAGUGUCCCUGGAAUAACCCCGUAGGAAAGAUCCCCUGGUGAAGUCCUCGACUGGAAGAUGGGUGCAGUGUCGGGGCAGGAUGAAACUCCAGGAGAAGCCGUUUCAGGUGCAGAGGGACCCUAAGACCCCACUCUACACGGGAUCCUGGAAGUAGCUCUCCACCUGGAUGCUGGGGGGGGGUCUCACCCCAGCUCUGGGUCCUACCCAGAGGACGCCCAAGAGGACUAGGGUCAGCGGACCACCCGGGUAGGAGUUCUGUCCCCCAGAUGAGUCCAGGAGGAAGACCUUCAGGGGGUCAGCAGGCUGUGAGGACCAGUCGCAACCUGGGGGUUAGAUGGGCUCCUCCUUGGAGCCCUUUCUCCUUACAGGCGGGGGCCACGCCCGCUUCUAGGGAGAAAGCCUCCCUGAAGCCUGUGCUGCUGAGAUAAACAGUCUGGGGUCACACUCGGCUUCCGUGGGCUCACAUUGUCAAGAACAUCAGGGGAAGGUACGCAGCAGGGUGAGCAGCUGACAGAUCAGGGGAACCGAGCUGGGGUGCACCCCAUGUUCUUGCAGAUGCAUGAGAAAAUGCCCUGUAUAUGAGAGCAAGCUCUCUGCCUGUGGUGGGAGGAGAUCUCCUCCAGGAAACAGGAGAACUGAGCAUGCCCUGGGGGAUCACAGGAGGCCAGGGAGGCAAGUGGGGGUGCUUUCCUUUGCACAGACAGGGGGAGAGGGGCCAGGAAAGCAGGGCAAGUGCUGGCCAUGGAUAAGGGAGACAGGGAUCCUGUGGAAGAUAAUCUGAGUCUAGAUGUGCAGGCAGGGCAGCUGGGGUUUGGGCAGGGGUGUUUGGACAAGUUUCCAGGGUGCUCCUAACAAAGCAGCACAAACCAGGGGGUGGGGGGGCUCAAAACAUCCCACAUACAUCCUCUCCAGCUCUGGAGACCAGAAGGCUGAGAUCCAGGCAGGGCUGCUGAUCAGGAUCCAGGUGGCUCAAGACCGUGCUCCCUAGGUAGACUCCAGGGUAGGGCCCUUCCUGCCUCUUCCAGCUUCUGGGGCUCCAGGCGUCCCUGGGUUUAUGGCCACGUCCCUCCUGUCUCUGCCUCCAUCUUUAUGUGGCUUCUCGUCUGUGUCUGUGUCUCCUCUUCUGUCUCUUAUAAGGACACCUGUCCUUGGAUUUAGGGCCACCCUCAUCCAGGAAGAGCUCAUCUCAACUCCUUCACUUGAUCACAUCGCAAAGACCUUAUUCCCAAAUAAGGUCCCCUUCCCAGGUACAAGGAGCUAGAACAUGGGCAUAUAUUUUGUGGGGGAGAAAAUCCCACCCACUACAGCCUUGUAAUGAGGACUCCCUUCCCCACCAGGUGAGCCCCCAAUGCCCCAAUCUGUCCCCAACUGCACCUGUACCCCUUGUCCCCAUGCACGUCCUCCAGAGGAAGGGUGCCACUGUAUUCAUAGUUUUCAUAGAUGGCGAGAUGGGGAGACGGGGGACCAGGAAAGCUGCGUGGGGAGCGAGUCUGGGGGCCUCUCCUCUCCCUUCCGAUUCAGAGGCUGGGAGUUCAGAAAUAAAAAUUUUGAGACCUGGGACCCGUUGCUUUUAACGCCAAUGGGUGAGGACAGGGAAACCUUUCUAUGUGAUGUCACCGAGGGUGUGUGACGUCAUGGGGGUCUGUCCCCAGUGCAUCGUAGCCAAGAAUGCACCUCUCAGCUUGUAACAGUGUAUCAACAUCACCUGUGACAAAUGUAACAAAUGUACCGCCCAGAACAAGAAGUUCAUAAUCGGGGAAGUGCAAGAGGUGGUUGGGAAGGUCAUGGGAACCCUGCAUUUUCUGCUCAGCGUUUCUAGGAAACUGAAACUGCUUUAAAAAAAAAAAAAAAAGAAAUCUAAUAAUAAUAUUAACAAUAAAAGUCCCAGAAGGGAGAAGCUAGGUGAAAAGCAGAAAAUAAAGUGUCUCACGGUCGUUUGAAGCAAAAAAGUUGUCUCGGAAGAUUCUGUCUUUUAGGUUUGGACGCACGGGAUGUAGGACAGGCGAGUGAGCUCAGAAAGUGUCAUUUUUGGGUGGAUCUCAGUGCAAAUCGAGUCACUUCCGACGUGCAUGGACACGUUCCCAGCUCUUGUGUCUCUGUCUCUCCGUGGAGACCCCGGCAGGCGGCGGAAGAUUCUGGAAUCCCACCCGCCGCUUGCUGCCAGCAGAAGCCCCCGCGUCGUGCGGGCAGAGCCAGCUGACCAGGCGGAUCUGAGGGUCUCGGGGACCCCCUCCCUCACGCGGAGCCCGGCCCAAAGUUAGGAACAUCUGCUGUUAUGUAGGGGCCACACAGGGGACCCCGGUCCGUCCGAGGCAGCUGGGCAGGCCCCGGGGGGGGGACAGGAUGUGGAGGCCCUGACUCACCAUCCCCGUAUCUCAACCGCCCUGCUGUCCGAGUUCUCCUUGUGGGGCGGGACGCGGAGUCCUGCGGGGAGGCCUGUUUGCCCGGAUGGCCUGGGCUGUCCCCACCCUGAGCUUCGGGACCCGGGGUUAGCACGAACGAAGCGUGCUAACACAGCGUGUGGGCCCCCCACCCCAAAGCUCUGUCUCCCUGCACAGCCCCCAAGCAGUCCCCAUGAACCCCACAAGGGCUGUCACCUUGCUCUCACGUCAUGGGGCAUGUCCCCAGAGCCGUCACCGAAGUGCCAGGUACAGACGCAGCUGCAGACCUUCGCAUCCCUCGGAAUUCAACGUGUCCCGCGGUUCACGACUCCGGGGACGUCCACUGGGGUGGGCAUCGCCGGCCUUCGGUCAGGUGAGCGUGAGCAAGUGUGUCGACUCUGCAAACAACGCUGGACGUUUCCCCUACAAUGAUAACCUUUUCAAAGGCUGACGUAUGGACCUGGGGGGCCGUUAAACUUGAAGAAGACCCCAACACCUCUUGCCACAUACCCCACACCUUCAUACAUCGUGUCUAAAACCAGUAACAACGUGGUUCCCACCCAACCAAUGUUCCUUCUCCACCUCUAACAAGGGUUCCGAUUUGGGGGCACCUGCCGGGCUCGGUACGUAGAGCACCCAAACGCUUGAUCUCGGGGUUGUGGGUUCGAACCCCACGCCGGGUGUCGAGAUCACUUAAAAACAAAAAAAUAAAGGUACACGUUCCAUGUAAGCAAUGUGACAUGACUGUUGGUGACCACCGAGAAGCUUAAUUUUUUAAAGAGCACCUUAACGAGGUAUCGCAGAGAUAGAAUGUUCUCCACGUGAUUGAAACGUAAAGCGUGACACUGUGUGAUUUAUGCAGACCCCUGCGAGAUCGUGUCCACGGUGCAGAUGGUGAACACCUACGUCACCCCAUCAACGCUACGCAGGACUUGGGACACACAGGUGACCCGUAAACAACGGGAUUGCGGCAUCCACCCUGUGCGGGGUGGAAAACCCACAUAUCACUUUUGACUCCUCCAAACACUUAAUUAGGAGGAGCCUGCUCUUGGCCCUAAGCCUGACCGAUAAUAAUGUGCAGAGUCCAUUAACACAGUGUUGUGUGUUCUGUGUAACAUAGGCUGUGUUCUUAACAAUAAAACAAGCUGGGGAAAAGCAAACGGGGUGAAGAGCAUCAUAAGGAAGAGAAAAUACAUUCGGGGUCCUGUCGUGUAUUCGCUGGAAAAAAAGAAAAAAAAAAUCUGCAUGUAAGUGGACCCAGGCGUUUCAAACCCGUGUGGUGUGAGGGGUGGCCCGAUUUCUGAACAAUUAAUAACUCUUACAAUGGUUAGGGGAGUUUUGAAUCAUUAAAUAAUUGUAAAGUGUUCUGGUUUGCCCAUUCUGUGCUGGGGAGCGUCGAGGUCAUCCCCGCCAAGAGCGCACCGCGCUCAGGGUCCGUAUUCUGUGCCCUCCGGCCAUGUCUGAGGCAUCAGAUGGUUUUGCCAAAGGGUGUCCGUUCUCCUGGCCUCCAUGCCGACCAACCAAGCGAUGGCAAGCUGCCAUCAUUCCUCAAUUAUCCGCCGAGGGUGGGCAUCAGCUGUGCUUCCUUUUCCUGCUGCCGGCCUGUGCCCGUGGUCGAGACGUCCACGGCGAAUUUGUGGGGGUCGGGGUGGAUAAGACUAGACCACGUGACCCACAGCCCAGACUCCCACGAAGCUCAGAAGGACCUGCCAGCCUGCACCGUCCCCCGCCCUCUGCACUCCUGAUGGUUUGCUGUUUCCAGAACCUUCCAGACCCGCACACCCCGAGGUCUUCCCUGCCCCAAGGCUUUUGCACCAGUGCCUCCUAUGCCCCCGAAUCUCCCACGGGCUCCCUUGAUUCACCAGUGCACCUGUUCGACCGUGUCCUACUGGGUAAGACCUGGUCAGAGCGCCCUAACAGGUGUAGCCGGGAGUGCACACCCCUGCUCCGGCAGACCCCCGUUUCCUGACUCGCUCCUGUGCAUUCGGCGUCCCCACCAUCCCUGACAAGUCCCCUCCUCGUGGCCAUGCUCUGCCCUGGAACGUCAGCCCUGCAACAGCAAGCACUUUGUCAUCGUUUUCUCCAUUCCGCCAUCACCAACGCCACGGACGACACCAGACUCGGCUAGAUCUGCCAUCCAUAUCGCUGGUCUUGAUAGAAUAACAGGGUGGCUGAGGAGUUCAGACCCCCUUUCCUUCCCACCCGGGCAGGUCCCGACUGCCCGUUCGGCUUUGCGGGUGCCCGCGUGGGGGUCUUUCUUCCCCACAACCAGGGAUCUGGCUGGAGAGGGCGCCAUAUUGAAUCUACAGGCAGGAGGCCCUUUCCCUUUCAAAUCAAAGCAAAGAGAGACCCCUCCCGCCAACACUCCUGCUUUUCUACAAACCUCCCACUUGCUUCUGGGUUUGGGAGUGAGUCACCUGCUCCUAGAGUAAACAGCAGGAGUGUAACUAUUGCAUAAGGCCAUGGGGGAUCAUGUCACUCAUCAAAUGCUAACCCAUUCCCUACCCAGGGACAUGGUUUGGACUUUGUAGACCCAACGAAGACAAGGCGUUCCAGAGCAUAGGCAUCCCAAGAGCUGUCUUUCUAGCCACGCACUCCGUUCACGAGGCGUCUCUGGGAUAUCUCUUGUCUACACCGCAGGAUGAAGUGGUCUUUGAGAAGAGCAAACAAUGCGAUACACACAUCUCAUGAGAAAAGGACACCAUUUCUGAGGGAGGAGAAACGCAGGGAAUGGUUGUCCCCAUUCCUAAGAGCGCCGGGGGUGUAAUAACCCUGCUAGUACAAGGAAGCAAGCACUUCCCGAGCUCUCCCACUGGAUCCGUCCAUCCAGGCUCCACGGACUAAGGUGGUCAGGGAAGAAGGAAGGCACAGGCUCCCACAGUGGCAAGGAGUCCUCCCCUCCGAGGAGAAGCGUUGGAGGUUUGCAUCCCCGCCCGGGGGAGCCUCGGGGACACGAGCUAGGACCAGAAUCACGCAGGACAUGGAGCACAGCUGAGUGCGUAGGAAGGGCUCGCCUUCCGGCAAAUGGAGGGGAGCGUGCGUGAGCGCAGACACGGGGACCAGAAGUCUCCAGAACAUGACACAGAGCACAGAAACCCUGACCACCCCAAAGGGAACAGGUGGCAAGUGGACAGAGACAUUCUGCUGGAAAAAAAAAAAAAAAAAAAAAGAGGAACCCCACACGAUGCUGAUAAAAGCAAGGGGCCGGCUUCGAGCUUGAGACAGACGGCGAGCUGGGUUGGAACGUUUCCUGUCCGGCGGGGCGAUAACGCGGGCCGGCCGCUCAUUGAGAAGCAGGACCCAGCGGAUGGCAGAUAAGGCGUCUCUACAAACGCUGACCUGAGCGGGAACUGUGGGUGGGUGUCCGUACGCAGGAGGCUCUCGGCCAGGCUCCUUCUGCUGGUGCCCUCGGGGACCGCCAUUCAGUGCCGUCCUGGGGAAGGCGGCCUCCAGCGCUGCCAACCAGCCGGGCAAGACAGCGCCUUCCAAACGUGCUGCAACGGUCCGAGAACGUUCCGGAAAGCUCGCUGCCCACUUCCCCGGCGGCGGGGGUCUCCAUGAAGGGUGUGGCCUGGGGAGGACAGCGCGGGCCACCUAGCUCCAUCCCGAGCAAGGCGAGGCGGCCGACGUGCAGCCGCGGGCGGCGAGGGACGAGCUCGCAAAUUGUCCCUGCGGCAAACAUUGACAGCUCAGAUCUGUCCUCCUGGAAGCGGGAACCACCGAACCAAAGGGCAAAGGUGCAGCUUCGGGGCUGGUGCAUGGCGACCAUGCUGGAUCUUGUGAGCUUUCUGGUCCUCCUGAACUCAGCAUGCCAUGGACAAGCACAGCUGGCACAAGAGAAUAUAUCUCCUAUUACAAACAUGCAGCUAGAUUCAAGGAAAAGAAUGUUAACCUGGAAUUACAUAAGAAAUGUGUGUCAGCAAGAAUGCACAAUAUAUACCCCGCUCAACUCUCCCACCAUGCCCGACUCUCCCACCAGGCAAUUCCCACAGGUCAGAGAGGACAGCACAUACUUCUGCAUCUUCCAUAACCGCGUGCUUCACAGGGGGGCCAAGCUGACCGUGAAGGUCACCUGUGACGGGGUCGUGUCCCAGAAAGUCCUGCCUUUUGUGAACCCGGGCAGGGAAGGUUCCGGUGCCGUGAACUUCUCCUGUUUCAUUUACAACGUCCGCCUCAUGAACUGCAGCUGGGCACCCGGCCCCCGCGCCCCAGCUGAUGUCCACUAUCAGCUCUUCUGGUGGGCCUCCUUGAAUGAGGAUGAGCUGGAGUGCGUCCACUACAUCAUGGACCCCACGGGAACACGCGUGGGCUGCCAUUUCGAUCAACUCGGUGAGCCCCAGCGUACGGAUAAUUACUUCUUCCUGGUGAACGGGACCAGCAAUGAGACGGCAAUCCCAUUUUUGGACUUUGUUCCAUUUGAAGCCAGUAAAAUGGAAAAGUAUGACCCGCCAACAAACAUCACGAUCUCCUACAACAGAUCGCAUCACAUUAUCCAGUGGGAGAAUCCCAAGAUCAGAUACGAGCUUUCGAGUCACGUCCUGUAUUAUGAGCUGGAUAUGCAAAGAACGGGCAGCACCUCCAAGACAAACCCCGUUUUCCAGAGGGGGCAAGAUCCGAAUGUGUACCUGAUGCCCCGUACUGCCGUCAGGCCCGACACCACGUUCCGGGUGAGGGUGCGCUACCUGUAUAAUGAGCUCUGGAGCGAAUGGAGCCCGACGCUGCAUCUUGGCCUCCCGCAGCAGGAUUUCCGCCGCGUCCUGUUCGGGGUGGUGGCGGCGGCCACGACUACGCUCGCUGUGGUCCUCGUGGGCUUGUGCAAAUGGUUCUCCGUCAAGUCCAAGCUGUUCCCCCGAAUCCCGCAGGUGAAGAAGGAAAUCACCGGGACGUUUGUGCCGCCCCUGGAGGUCGCUUGGGAGGACGGCCGCCCGCCACCGCCAGGCUCCCAGGAACCCGAGGACGUCCUCGUGGUGGAGGAAAUGUGACUGGUGUGGGGACAAGCGGAAACUGUGGCUUCGGCCUCAUCCCCUGCCCCCACCACCCCGAAAACGUCGCAUAUGUGCAUCGUCCGCUCACGUCUGCGCAAGAUUUCUCACCUGACCUGCAAUGCCACCACCAAAAACCCCGCAGCACGGCUCUCUAGCUUUCUACACGCGUCCAAGCGGGCGGGCGGUGUGGGCGGCUCGGGGAUGUGGAGAGAGGCCGCCACGCUCCCCUUGACCCCGGGGGCUGGUCCUACAGGCUGGGAAGCACCAGGGUCGCCCGUCGCCGUCAUGCACCUAGCACGUCCCAGAGUGACGAAGCCCUGGAGACGCUCACCGUGCCGUGAGCUAGCCGGGCAGUGGCCGAGGGCGAGGGCGGAAAGAGAGAGCACGCGUUUCUUCCGACGGAUGCGCCUCUGCGUCUGCAUUGGGGGAUCGGCACCUGUUUGGGUUACUUGCAGAGUUGUGCCAUUGCUUUUAAGACAACGGUCUCCAUGGCACGUGGGGCCAGGAGACAUGCGUUCCCUGUGGAUGUUAGAGGCGUUGGACGUCAAGAUAAGUGCUGCCCCGUGUCCACAGAAGCCACGCUACCCAGUGGCUGUUUAUCCAAACCACACGCGCGCGCGCGCGCGCACACACACACACACACACACACACACACACAAAGGAAAGAACAAAAAGAAGAAAUAAAGCAAAGCUGUCAGUGCAGAAGACGCGUUCAUGAACCCCCGGACACGAAAUAUCUGCACUCCCUCCCCGUGGCUUCCUCCCGCCAAAUACGGCCAUUAUACCCUCAUUUCAAAGAGCCCAGCCACCCUGUGCUGCCCACACACAGCACACGCAUCGAAGCACCUGUGUUUGUGGAGAACCAUCCCUACUCUUUAAAACUACAUGCAAGAUAGGCGGGACGUUUUUGCACGGAUUUGCUUUCAAACAAGGGUGCAGACUGUGGGGCCCCGGUGAGCGCUGAUGCACAUUUGCAGGUACUCGUUGGGAAAGAUGAUCACCGUGCAGUGUUCGCAAAGUGCCAACAGGCCAGGGGCACGUCCCCCCGCCCGCAGGUGCAAGAAUCGAUUUUUGACCCCUGCACGUCAAGGAUGCUUAUCUGCAGACUUCACGCAUUUUUGUUUCAUGCUUGUCUGUAUUUUUGACUCGGGGGGUUGGGGGGGGGAAGAAAUAGGUUUACAGGGAGAAAGUAGUGGGUGCAUUUGAGGGGAAAAAAAUCUAGUGUUGGGAGUACGUUUCGAUGGGAGUAAGACCGUCUUCUUCUGUUCUGAUUUUGCAAAUAGCCGGGAAUGAAUGCGCAAUGCUCUCGUUACGGCUGGUUUUGUAUGAAUCCCGUUGCUGGUGAACAAAGGUUGCUCACAAGA